AUGCCUUCCUCCUCGAGAGCUCCGCAAGCGGUGCCAUCCGCUUCGGCCACCCCCGCGCCCUCCUCGCCUCCACCGUCCGAGUCGUUCCUCUCAGAGCUGGAUGGAACGGCACCGAGCGUGCUGGAUACAUCGGGAGAGUUUCAAUGGGAUGUUGGAACGAGUGGUCAUGGUCUGAACCUCGUCAGCUGGAAGAAGGGUGUCGAGGAGGGGGAUGAAGUGAUGGAUAAGAGGGGGUUCUACGCUAUAUCAACAGUGCUGAAUCACCCUACUAAAAAAGCCAACCCCCUCCGAACGAGUCGUAAACCCCUCCCACCACUCGGUCCUGCCCCGCCCGUCCCUCGACCUCCUCCAGCUUCUCACUUUGACACCUACCUCAAAGCUGUCACUCCCUUAUACGAUACCUUGGUCCAGUCUCGCGCGGCGGCGGAUGCUGCUCCCUCAGACGUCCUCACCGGAGCAUUCGACAAUCAAGCUCCGGCCCCGACCGACCUCCCUCCCCUCACCUCAGUCCCUGACCUCUUCUACAGCCGAAACUUUGACCUCGCCGACCCAGCCAUCUGGUCUCAAGUCGUCGAGGCCGGUCCGUCUCGUACUCACUCUACCAACGUGCAGGACGACCUCUCUUCCCAUCUGGACACGCUGGAACGGCAUCUCAUCCACGAAAUCACCCUCCGGUCCACCUCGUUCUUCUCGGCCUUGUCGAACCUGCAGGACCUGCACUCCGAGUCGGCGUCAUGUCUGCGGAGAAUAGCAGACCUCCAGUCGGGUCUGAGGGAGGUGGGGGAUAAGCAGGCGCGAAAGGGGUUGACUAUUCUGGACAAGAUGGAGGAUCUGAGGGUGUUGCGGGUGACGGAGCAGGGGAUGGAGGAGCUGAGGGAAGCAGAGGAGGUGAUGGCGGUAGCGAGAAGUCAGGUGGAGGGUGGGGAUUGGGCGGGUGCGCUGGGCUGCGUAGGGGACGUAGUGAGGUGGUGGGAAAGACAUCGGCCGAAGGAGGAGACCGAACCGCCAGAUCCGAAUGACGAGGGGGAGGGUACUCAACAUCCCUUGCCACUGGCGACACUACCGUCAUUAUCGGCGAUGCCUCUUGCGAUAAGCGACCUCACGACGCAGAUAGCGCUUCAGCUCGAAUCGGCAUUACAAUCAUACCUUCUCUCCACCCUCUCCUCGGCCGAGCUCGACGUCCCGUACGACAAGGAACGGUUCAGAGAUCAUGUCGUGCCUAUUGUCGAGGGGCUGGUACGGUGCGGAGCUGGGGAUGCGGUAGAAGGGGUCUGGCGUGAGGUGGUGACUCUGGCUGUAAGGGAGGGGUCAAGAAAGCACUUACCGGUCGCUCAAGGGGAAGAUGAAGGGGACGAGAAUGUGCCCCAGGAAAUGCGGGGGGCGACCCUAGCUGGAGCGCUCAAAUCGAUGGACCACUCGCGCUACCUCCUACUUGCUACUCAGAUGUACUCGUCCAUCCUCGCCCGCCUCCGCCUUGCGCAGACUAUCGGCCCCGACCUAUCCUCCAUCCUCACUUCCGCCUCCCCACUCCCUCCCCUCCAGAUCCGCUCAUUUGUCCCGUCCGACCCAAUCACCACCGACCAGCCCAGCCUAUCGAUCGACCAAACGGAAAUCAUCGCUGCAGCAUGCGAGCUUGGAAACCUCCGCGCGAGCAAGAUUCUUGCUGUGCGAGGCGAACAACAUGCGGGGCUGGGUAUCAAUGAGUUUGUGGAGCUCUUCAAGGAGAAUUGGGAGUUUGUGCUCGCGACGGAGGAGCUGGCGGGACGGAUGAUUGCUUCAUUAAGAGGGGUGACGGCUUCACAGGCCCGGACGUUCCUCAUCGCCUACCACUCUCAACGGCUCACCAAAUCCGCCAAGCUCGUCGAGGAGGAACAAUGGAACCAAAUCGAUGUCUCUCCGGCCAUGCAACACAGCGUCAACAUACUCAUAGAAGCGGCCGUUUCGGACCCCUCGGAAUGCUUCAUCCCGCCCAGACCACCCCUCGCUAAUGGGCAUGUGAACGGGGAGGGCGGACCGAGCAAGACGAUGGAUGUGGAGGAGAAGAAGUUCUUUGUGGUUCGCGCGACGGCGGAGAGUAUUGGGCUGCUCAGAGAUUAUCUGGGCGUGGUGGUUAAUCUGGAGGUGGUGGUCACGGAUGUGAUGGGCAGGAUUAUCGAAUUUUUGAAGUCGUUCAAUUCCAGGACUUGCCAGGUCGUCCUCGGUGCGGGGGCCAUGCGAUCCGCCGGUCUCAAAAACAUCACCGCGAAGCAUCUAGCGCUUGCAUCUCAGUCCUUGUCCGUCAUUGUCGCGUUAAUACCGUACAUCCGGGAAUUCAUACGUCGACAUCUGAGCGUUAAGCAGGCUGUGAUGCUUACAGAGUUUGACAAGUUGAAACGGGACUAUCAAGAACAUCAGAAUGAGAUCCAUGCGAAGCUUGUCGCGAUCAUGUCGGAUAGACUGGCGGUGCAUGUGGGGUCAUUGAGAGAUAUCGACUGGGAAGCCACGCCUGAGAAAGACGCUCCAAGGGCAUAUGCUGAGCUGCUGGUCAAGGAGACGGCGACGCUGCAUAAGGUGUUGGGCAAGUAUCUUGCUUCAUCGACGGUCGAGGCGGUCAUGUCGGAGGUACUUGCGGCUAUUACGCAUCGCCUAAGCGAGGAAUAUAGUCGGAUAGAGCUAAAAUCGGAUGAUGCCAAGAAACGCUUGAUGCAGGAUGCGGCGCUUAUUACUGCCCGCCUGACCCCGCUGUCCGAAGCCGGUAAAACAGUCUCGAGUCUCGAAGUGCUGGUUAAGGAUAAACCGGUCCCGCGCAAAAAUAUCAUCGGGAACUUGCUCAAGCGGGGAAAGAAGGAUGGGGCGGCGGCGGCUGUGGCUGGCGGCCAGGCGGCGGAGGUGGAAGAAGAGGAGUACGAUGAUGGGGAUGAGGAUGGGGAGGUGACUCCGUCUGCCCCUGCUCAGCCGAAUGGGACG